AUGAGCUCAAAGCGAGUGGUGGUGGAUGCGCCCACCGGAGCCAGCGUGCCCGUCCAGAGGCACAGGGCGUCCUUCAGGGGGACACGGUCAUCGUCCUCCUCCCUGGAUAGCCCCCCGGCCUCCAGGACCAGUGCCAUGGGUGGCCUCAUCCGAGCACCCAGGGUCUAUGUAGGGAUGGCCUCCAAUGGGUACACCGGUGGCCUGGGUGCCCGCGUGACCCGCCGAGCCCUGGGCAUCAGCAGUGUCUUUCUGCAGGGGCUGCGGAGCUCAGGCCUGGCCACAGCGCCUGCUCCAGGCCUGGGGAGGGACCUCAAUGCCGCUGAAGACCUGGGGGCCUGCCUGGUGGGGUACAUGGCCCAGGUGCAUGCCCUCGAGCAGGUCAGCCAGGAGCUGGAGGCACAGCUGCGGAGGCACCUGGAGAGCAAGGCCGGGCGUGCGGAGCACUGGGGCGCCCUCCGGGCCUCCUGGGCCAGCAGCUGCCAGCAGGUGGGCGAGGCCGUCUUGGAAAACGCCCGGCUCGUGCUGCGGACGGAGAACAUCCAGGCGGGUGCGGAUGCCUUUAAAGACAGAUAUGAAAAUGAGCAGCCAUUUCGAAAGGCCGCGGAAGACGAAAUUAACUCUCUCUAUAAAGUCAUCGAUGAAGCUAAUUUGACAACAAUUGAUCUGGAAAGUCAAAUAGAAAGCCUGAAAGAAGAGCUUGGCUUUCUGACAAGGAGCUAUGAAGAGGUAGCAAGAUGUCUCAUACUCAAAAGGCUUCAGGACCAGUCUGAGCUGGAACAGGUGGACGUCCCCCUGGGCGCUGGUCUGGAUGAUGUCCUUGAGGCGAUCAGAAUUCACUGGGAGAGAGAUGUCGAAAAGAACCGGGUGGAAGCAGGAGCCUUGCUCCAAGCCAAGCAGCAGGCGGAGGCCCGCGGGGCGCAGAGCCUGGAGGAGGAGGAGGAGCGGCUGGCUGCUGCCCGCUGGGCGGAGCUGCACAGCACCUCGCGCCAAGUGCAGAGCCUGCAGGCGGAGACGGAGUCCUUGCGGGCCCUGAAACGAGGCCUGGAGAACACUUUGCAGGACGCCAAGCACUGGCAUGACCUGGAGCUGCAGAACCUGGGCGCCGUGGUCCGCAGGCUGGAGGCGGAGCUCCAGGAGAUGCGUGCGGAGGCGGAGCAGCAGCAGCAGAUCCGCGAGCAGCUGCUGGCGCACAGGUGCCAGCUGCAGAGGGACGUGGCGUCCUACCACGUCCUCCUGGACAGGGAGGAGAGCCGCUAGUGGAGAAACUUCUUUUCAUGAAGAAAAUGCUGCCAUCUCACCAAGUGGUCAAUGAAGUUCCUUGAGGAGUCUUCCCCCCC